AGAAGUGAGAUUGGGCGAUAAUUUGUUGACAUAGUCAGUGGGCCUUUUUUGUGAAUUGGAAUCACGUUCGCUAUUUUGAAUUGGUCUGGAACCGUACCAGUCAGGAAGGAAAGAUUGAAUAUUAAUUUAAGAGGAGUAGACAGGCUAGAUUUAGCUGUUUUUAGUAAAUUAAUUGGAAUAUUAAAAGGGCCUGUUGCUUUGGAAGAUUUAAGUUUUCCAAUUUCAAACUCAAUUUCACUUUUUAGAAUAGGAGACAUAAAGAAGCUGUUUGGCACAGGACUACCCAUAAAAGCUUGUGUCCUUGUAUUAGUGCAUGGAACAGAAUCUGCAAUGUUCUUUCCAAUAUUAAAAAAGUAUUCAUUGAAUGCCAAGGAUAUAUUCUUAGUAUCUUUUAUCUCCUGGCCAUCCUUUAUAAUUUUUGUAGGUAAGCUGUGUCCUCUAGGUUUCAAAGUAAUAAGUUGUUUAAUUCCCUUCCAAGUAUUCUUGAUAUUCUUAUUAUUAGCAGGAAAGUAAUUCUCACAGUAGAUUUUUUUUACUAAUACGUUGCAAGUGAUUUAAUUUAUUUCGAUAGCACUUGUAUUUAGAUUUAUAAUAUUCAUUUUUUGUUGAUAAAUGUUUCUUAUAAAGUUUAUUUUUCCUCUUAAUUGAUUUUCUAAUACCAGAAGUAAUCCACGGUUUUGACAUAGUUUUAACCUCAUUUCUAGAAAUUCUAGUUACAGGUGCAUGUCUGUCAACAACCUUCAAAAUCUCAGAAUGAAAUGAUUAAAAUAAAUUAUUAACAUUGUUGUCAUUUGGAAGUACAUUAUACCAAUCAAUAUUAGAAACAUCGGCCUCAAAUAAUUUAUCGUUAAAAUUGGAGUAGUUUCUCUUAAGGUGGCUCCCUACAGUUCUCUAAAAUUCUAGGUAUAUUGAGUAACGUUCGCUUUGAACCGAAUUUAUAUUAGAUACACUUAAGACAAGGCAAUAUGAUCAUUUCCAGGAAAGUUCAGAAGCUGUGUGCUGUCCAUUUAUGAACAAAUUAAAACAGUGUUCGUGUUGCCAUGGCAACCAUGAUGUUUAAUCUUUUGCACUUUUAUUGUCUAAUUUCACAAUAAAUUGACAAUAUCUAUAUUUUCCUUCGGUGAAUUUUUCUGAAAUUGUUUUUAAAGAUUUAUGGCCCAUAAAGGAAAAACAUAUCAAAAUUUGAAGGGAAUUUACAAAUAAGUUUUCGAGAUAUUCGUGAAUGACGGUUACAGAAAAAGUUAUUUGUAGAAUUUCUUAAAAUUUGGAUAUGUUGUACCACUCGUCUUGUAUAACAAAAAUACAAAGUUUAAAAAAAUUUCACCGAAGAAAACACGAGAAAAUCAUCGCUAAAAUCGGCGUGGCCAGCAUGAAAAAAAAUCGACUCGACAUGAGCACGAUCUGCGCAUGCGUGUAAAUUGUAGCGUGUGAUUUAUAGUGAUUUCAACUUUUUGGCUUAUAAUACAUACGAAAACAGAUAUUUCUGACUUGUUUGACAUGAAAAUAAAAUAUUAAUCUUGAAAAUACUAAUAAAAAACCACUAUUAUACGCAUUGUAUUAAAUCCAGUGUUAGUUUACAUUUGUUUUUGUUGUUAAAAUCCGUGUGAAAACUUUUCAAAACAUCGAACUAAAAGUUUAACUUUUCAUAUAAAACAACUCAUAACUGUUUUAUUUGAUUUAGCAGAUAAAACGAUACCUGUGAAUUGAAUUGAUUGACAGAACUUACAUAAGUUUCGGCGACAGUUCACUACUGUUCAAGAGUUAUAGAAGACAGUAUCGUUUCAGUUUGACAGUUCGCAACACAACAAGUUGAAAAUUUUGAGCAAUAUGAAAGACAAUACUGAACGUAAAUACGUAAAAACACACUAAAAGAUUGGCUAAACUAGUUAAUAACAUACGUACUGUUCGAAUUCACAAAAAAAUAGGAUUAUAAUGAAAAACUGGAGCUUUCUUUGUAGAUAAAAACGCCAAAAAACUUCCCGCGGCUUGUUUCAAUAUUUUUGCCGAACAGUAAACACGACGGUUCCACGCGCAGGUCGCGAGGAUGAAGUCUGAUCUAUAUAAAUCGUAUUUAAACUGUACUAACUGUAGGGAGCCACCUUAAACAAUUUCAAAUUAUUAUUUGGUAGUUCAGAUAUCUUGUUAAUAAUGAGAAAAUUUGGAAGGUGGUCACUAAUAUCACUUAAUAUAUUACCACUAAGAGUUAGAUGCUCCAGAGAAUUGAAAAAUAUAUUAUCAAUAAGAGUUGCAGUAUGAUCUGUAAUUCUUGUAGGUUUCAGAAUUUGUGGAUGGAAAUAAUAAGAGCCCAAAGUAUUAAUAAAAGUAUCAGUAUCGGGUUGUGUCUCAUAAUUUAGGAGGUUGAUAUUGAAAUCACCCAUCAUAAUACAGUAUUUAUUCUCAUUAUAAUUUUUUUCAAUUAUUGAAUAUAUAUAUUUUAAAGUCAUGUUUAUGUUUGCAUUUGGGUGUCGAUAAACCACCCCACAGAUAAUAUUAUGCUGAUGAUUACUCUCAAUUUCAAUCCAUAAAGAUUCAUGUUCAUUGUCAGAGGUGCAUAGAUCUUCUCUCUUAUUGAAAGCAACAGAUGUUUUUAUAUAAAAACCCACUCCUCCAGCAUUUGACAUUGUUGGUUGUGAGAUAAAAUUAUGUCCCAGCAGAUCAAUAUUAAUAAUGGGGUCACCACCAUGCUUAAUUUUGGUUUCAGAUAAACCAAUUACAGAAAACGAGUGGUUUAGGUUAGACAGUAGAGUACAUAAUGGGUCAAAAUUUGCAGAAAGACUUCGAAUAUUAAGAUGAAGAGCAGAAAAAGACUUAUUGUAAAAUAAAUUUGUAAUUUCUUCACUUGAAUGGAAUUGAUGGGGAGUAUAAUAGCUGAAGUUUGUUUCACAUGGUAAGUGUAGAUCAAUGUCAUGGUCGUUAAGAUGAGGGCUAUUACUUAUAGAGGUCAUUAUAUUGUAACAUGGUAAAUUUUCUAGCCUAGCAGAAGAUAUAUUACAUAUGUUUGAACUCUGGCAUGAUAAAAUAGAAUUAGAAAAAAACAAUUCAGAAAUUGAUUGGUUAUCACAGUUUUGAAAUGGAAAUAUAUCUAAUAAACAUUCAGGGCAAGUCCAAUGCAAAAUACCACCUUUGAUUUUGUUCAGAUAAUUAUACUCUUUAAUGGAAAAGGGUGUGCAUUUUUUAUGAUAAUGAUGAUUGCAAAUAUCGCACUGAACUCUUCUCUUGAUCUCAACUAGUGAGUGUUUGCAUUUAUGACAAUGGAAGUUAGUAUUAGAACUCAUUAUUCAUUAAGUAAAUCUUUUAUAUUUAAUAAAUUAAUAAAUUAAUGAAGUAAAGGUGACUUAGCUGAUAGACCGUACAAAUAAGGUUUAUGAAGGAGUUGAUAACUUUUCAAGAUCCUUUUCAGAUGAAAUGGUGACAGCACGUGUUCUCUCAUUUUGUCUCAUAAAUAUUUUUCCCAUUCUUGUCCAUAUGAAUUUAUAUCCAAGUGUCUUCUUUGUUUCUAAGCUUUUGUUAAAUAAUAUUUUGUUCUGUUUAGUGAGACUCUCACUGAUAAAGAUUGGAUUUUCUGCAACCUUGCUGAGGCCCAAAUCGCGUGUUGAUUUUCCCCUCAGUCCCUUACGAGAUUGAUAGAAUCUAUCUCUGAUAUUUCUGCGCGUAAAUUUAACGAUGAUCAUCGGGUCCUGAUUUUAUCGUGUUGAGUAUGAUGUUGGCAAGCGAUGGCUGAUAGAUAUGUCCUCAUCUUUUACAUCUACACCCAACUCAUUGGCCAAAUGCUUCACCAACGAGUGAGUAUUCUCCCCCUCACGUUGUGGUAUUCCUUUAAUUUCCGGGCAAUCUCGCCUAAUAUAUUGUUCCAGGUCAUUUGCAAUGUCUCUUUGUUCUUGGGCUUUUAUUGUGAGUCUAGAAACUUCAUUUUUUAGACGUUGAUUUUCUUGGUUGGUUUCUUUGAUUACUUCUUCGAAUUUGGUGAAUUUUUGCUGAAUAACAUCAUACUGUGAACUUUAAAAGUCCAUAGAGUGAAUAACCUCAUCUAAUUUUCCUCUCACAUCGUUUAUAUUAGUAAAUCCUGGCUUUAACUUUUCAUCGAAUAACUUCUCUAAAAGUUCACGUGUUUGAAUUGAUAUAUCCAUUAGUAGGCAAACAUAUUAAGCAUCAAAAUAAACUGUAAUUUGAUCGUUUAAAAGUUAUUAUUAAUUAUAUAGACUUGUUUUAAAAUCAAAUAUUGAGAGCUAAAAUUUUGGUCGCCAACUUGUUUCGCUUGCCCAAAACCAUGCGCGACUUCAUUUCAUUAUUACUCCACCUUUGCCUUGCAAUUCUCACAAUUAUUUCAAAAUUUAGAAUAUAAUCAUAUCAAUAUGUAAAUCAGUAUAUUAUAAAACUUUAACAUUUGACGCUGAUAACAACUAUGGCUGUCUUAUUUACUCAUCUAAUGUUAUUUUUCCAGCUGCUGAUCGAUGGGGCUGGGUUUAGUCACUGGUUAAGGAUGGUCUGCAUCGUCUCAGACCUCCCUAACCAAGCGAGGAUUUGUAGAUAAUUGACCAACCAACGGAACCUUCUCCAUCCCCAAUCGCGCGGACAAAUCACCUGUCUAGCACAGGAAAGAUCGUACCCUAAGUACACUAAAAGCUGCUACACUUACCUGUCUUGUGACUAUAACACGUACCAAAAUAUGCGCUACAAGCUGGCAUACGGGCGGAGAACUUGAGUAUCAACUAACUGCAGGCUUCCUUUCGAAAGAAAGUGAUUAGCGCCAAUAAACAAGUGAUAGUGCGAAGAAAUGUGAAAAACAAAAAUUGGAGAACCUUAUGGGAUGGGAGGGCGGGACACGUUGAAGCAACUGCCGGGCACGCUUCCAUAUUCCUACUUAAUAUAUACUUGGUUACCGGGGGUUUUGCCCCCCAGGACUAAGUGCCGAUAAUGUAUUCAGCGAAGCGAAUCAGCCUACACUGUGAACUUGUUUUUAUUGUUAUAAAAUCCAUUUCAGUAUAAUGUGCCUUUGAGACCACCCCCCCCCCCCGUCGUUCAAAACCAACAAAUAUUCCAUGGAGAAGGCACGUGUUUCUACGGAGAAGCUGCAUGUUUCUGCGGAGAAGAGGUGUCCCCCGUUCGGGACACCUCAUCAUUUUUCCAACAUGAGCUCCACCUUUGAAUUUACUAUAUGAGUAAAUUCUUAAACACAUCCAAAAACCGUAACCCUAUCUAACUUUUUAACUUUUUUGAAAAUGUAACUUUUUAAACUUUUUAUUUGCUUUUUAAAAGUUUUUUAAAAGUUUUUUGGAAAAUCUUGAAAAUCUUCCCCACCCCGGCGCGAUCAGCCUCCCUUUUAAGCUUACUUAUUAUUCAAAACUAGAAAAUUAUGAUUUAGAAAACCAAACAAAGAGUGAUAAUACAUAAAACAGCCGAUUUAUUUAUUUCUUAUCCAAGGUUUCCUUAUUAUAUCUAUAGUACGAAAAUUGCAAUUAGUAUGAAAAAUUGGAUUUACCUACUAUUUCCAGCGAAGAUCCAUACUAUUUCACUAGUAAGGAUUUUGAAAACUUAGUGCUAUUUUGUGGAAAAUUCUCCUACCCGUAUAUGGAACAGCCUGCAUGCAGAUCUCCGAUAUCACCACAUUGUCAAACAAAUUAAAGCAAUAUCUUGUUUACUUUUUUCAUGAAUUUUGUGAUAAACAUUUGGUUACGAUUGUUAUUCUAGUCGUACCAUGCAAAUUAAUUGCCUACCUAUACCUAUACCUAUACCUAUAGCAGUUCUUUUUGUCAUUCAACUAGGGGUCAUCGAAGUUAAACUGGAGAAUAUCUUUUAUUAUAUGAUAUAAGGUUGCCAUGAUUUUUUAUUGAUGCAAUAUAUGUAAUCAACCAAUAUAAGUGCGUACAUUAGGGCACGGUUAUUCGAAAGCUAUAAUUAGUUUAAUACGACUUGCAGAAAUCCGAAAACAGCGAGUUAAAUUUAUCUAACGUUUGCCGCUAAUCGUGCAUGAACAACCAACACCAUCAUGCUAUGACGUUUGAAUACUUACUAAUUAUAAUAACAAUGUUUUCACAUUCCAGGUUGUAGUCGUUCCAGAUAGUGCGGUAUUUAAUAAGAUACCUCCUGUUCCAGGACUUAUGGCAUUCAGAAAGAACAAUCAUCGUCUUUACUGGCAAACGGGUUCCUCUUGGCAUUCAGUCGCCGACGAACAGAAGGUAGUUUGAAAGUACUUGUUACAUCCGCCUUUGACCAUAAUGUCUUUCUCACGACCACAAUGCAUUGCUCGCAACUACAAUGCCUUGUGGUCACGAGCAAUGUAUUGAACCUAUGUGCUAUAAAUACUGGCCUGUCGACCCUUGCUUCCUGUUUCAUACAUUUUGGACGAAUUAAGAGAGUGAAGGGAGCAUACGUUUUCAUUACGAUAAUAUGUUCCCAUGCAUUUCCCCAGCAACUGAAUAAGGUAUUGAGCCUUACAAGAAAACUAUGAUCUACAAAUCGUAGCAGCACGUUUCCUUCGUCGCUGUUGUGGUUUAAAUGCUCUUUGACUAAUUAAUAUUUGCUAUUGAUCUAAUAUUGUCAACAUCGUCAUUGCAUUGGUGUAUCUCGUAUACACCGUACUGCUGCUUUGUCUAGUGCUGUUUUUCUCUAAAACGUCAAUCUGGGUUACGCUUCAAAAUGCCUUACAAGUUAAAAAAAACACGAAGAAUUAGCGGUGUUAUGAUGUCUGUCUGUGUACUGCAGUGCCGCCAGUGCAUAAUGCACUGCAGCGCGGGAUUCGAAUAACAGGUAAUUUAAUUAGACUGUUUCUGCAUGUAUGCUGAUAAAAUUAUGUAUGCUUCUGCCAAUUAACCUUUCCCCUCAUAACUAAAAUUUUGAUCUAGACAAGUCUAGACAUAAAUUGUCAUCGUAAAAUUAGUCAUAUUCCGAAGUUUCGCUGCGAAAUGUUGUAAAAAGCGGAUAAUAUAGCUCUGCGAAAUUUGCAAUUUUCAGUCAUUUUGUAUUAGGACAAACGGGAAAUUGAUGCCCCAACACCCGAUUGGGCUGUCAAUUUCCCAUGCGUAAUACAAAAUGACUGAAAAAUGGCAAACUUCGCAAGGCUAUAUUAUCCGCAUUUUACAACAUUUCGCAACGAAACUAGUAUAUAUUCAAAAUCAUUCAGUAAAUUUAAUUUAAAAUUUGGUGAAAGGGGUCAAUAGAUGAAGAAAUCAUUUCUUGUUGUUCAUACAUAUGGCCCCCAUCUGCCAUCUCUGUCAGGUGUUAGAGUAGAAAUUUAUUGUAGCCUUCAGAAGAUAAUUAUGGAAACUAGAUUACACGUCACACUGCAAAGUUAGGCAAUUUUUUUAAAGAUCUCAAGGGCACAAAAGGUAUAAAUGUAGGGGCAAGGGAACAAAAUAAUGAAAUUUUGAGAUUCGGGGGCAGGUUUUAUGAUGGGGUGCUAAACCUUUUCCCCCAACAAGUCCCUGACCAGCUGUAGUUGUCAUGGAUAUUAAAAAUACUCAUUAACUCACUAACAUUAAAUAAUGCUGAAUAAAUGCUGAAACUGAUGUUUGACUAUUGAAAUAUCCUAGCAGGUUAGGUUGAUCAGAUUUUAGCUUUGUCAACCUGGCCACUCUGUUAUUACAGUAAUGGCUCAUUUAAAUAAUUUCAGAUCAUUGAAUGUAAAAAACAAAGUAUUUGAAGUUAAUACUGCUGUAAACUGUAAACUGUAAACUGUAAACUGUAAACUGUAGUUUAAUAAUACUGUAAGUGUAAACACGUUUCUCGCAGAACUUUACUGAGAAUCUGAGUAUAGUAUUAUUAUAGACCAUAGUCUGGCCAUGUGUUUCUCAAUAUUUAAACUACAAAUUCAGCUAACUAUAUUAGCAUACUGUAUAAAAUAUAUUAACUAGCCUUCGAAAUAUAUAUUUCAUAGAGCUAGUCAGUGUAACAAAUAAUGGGAAUCUGCUAAAUAAUUUGUAACAAUAAAAUACUUCUAAGCAUUUUAUAAUUCAUACCGUACCUUUUACUUGAUGGAAAUCAUCACGAGGUUGGCUCCAUUUUCCUUCGAAAAUAUUCGAAACAUCGCCACCCCGGAGAUUUAUAUGAUGCGAAAUAAAAGAAGAUUGAUGUACAUUCGAUGCAUAUAUUAUAAACGUAACAUGUUAAAAAGAAAGAUUACAACAAAAAAUAAAAGAAUAUAAAUAAUCCGCGGUAAUUCAAGUUCUAUUCGUGAACUUUUCGUCGCCCCCCCUGUCUUUAUUUCCAUAAAGCCCGCUCGCAGGCUAAUACUGCAAGAAUCUUGGAGUAUUUGCCUGACACGUGACCAGCGUUUACCGGGGCCUCGCCCGCUUUGGCGGCCAUAUUAAAAAAUCGGGCGGGCAGGCCCUGGGUACGAGGUUGGGUAACAACAUGAUGAUGCAAAUGGUAAUAUUCCAUUACGAAAUGAUGGUGACACUUUCAACGCGGUUAAUAAUAACCUGGUCACCCCCCCCCCCAACCCCAACGAGAAAUUAGCAUGUACACAGGUCACAUGUAGCUGGCUGUUACCUGCAGCAGUGAAAGAAGCUCCUUAUGCACCUGUCUCUUGAUAUUGAUUUUACAUCAGCAAAAAGACUUGUAAUAAACCUGGCUAAAAUUAUAAACAAUUUACCAACUAGCUAUGUAACAUCUUCGACUUCAGAUCAAGCGACUACCACCCAUAAAGGAACUGUUGCAAGUCCAGAAGCAACAAAUGUAACUGAACUUAAGAACUUUUAUAAUAGUUUUGUUUGUGGAACCACCACGUAAAUUUAUUACUGCAAAAUAAAUAAAUAAAAAACACCACGUAAAUUUAUUUAAGUGGUGUGUCGACAAACAAAACUAUUAUAUGUUUUAUCGCCAUGCAAACAUGCAAAGAACUUAUUAAGAACUUUUAUUCAAAACUGAAUCUCCGCAAGGAAAAGCUAGUGGCUUUCGUGUUUGAUACAUCCUUUCUCUGAUUCUUUUAUUUCAAAAAGUAGAGACAUACAAAUGAUUCCUGAUUUCUUUCACAAGAAGUUCUUACACAUGGAGUAUCACAAUCUGCUGGAGGCAUGUUAAAAUGUCGAAGAUGAGAUAAAACUUAUUGAGGAAGAUAUCCGAACCCAGUCACGAGGUUCUAGUUUCUAUCGUUACCGAUCUGGUAGAAUUGGUGAAGCAAUCCACAUGCACCAACCCGGAACAGCCUUCGCAAUUUUUUG